AUGGCGCGUUUUCAGGAAACCAAGCCGGAUCUGCUGAAUUCCGGCAGCGAUACGCGGAUGAUGGCCGAGGCCCGAGCCCCCAAGGCGCGGAAGCCGUACAUGAUAACCAAGCAGCGCGAGAAAUGGACCGAGGAGGAGCACAAGCUCUUCCUGGAGGCCAUGCAGCUCCAUGGCCGCGCCUGGCGCCGAAUUCAAGAGCACAUAGGCACCAAGACGGCCGUGCAGAUCAGGAGCCAUGCGCAGAAGUUCUUCUCCAAGGUCACCCGGGACUCGUCCGGCGACAGCGGCGGCAGCAGCUCCGGCGGUGCCGGGCCGCCGAUCCAGAUCCCGCCGCCGCGGCCCAAGAGGAAGUCGGUGCACCCGUACCCGUGCAACCAGAGGAGCGCGCAGCCGGGGAAGCACGCCCACGCCGCGCUCCUCCGGGUCGACAAGCCUCAGCUGUCCAUGUGUGAGCAGGGGAAUGGCUCGCCGACAUCCGUGGUGACCACCUCGCAGAUAGGCUUGGGCGGCUCCGAGAGCUUCGACAGCGACACCUCGACCAUCGACGUUGAAGAGCGAUGCCCCACGCCGAGCACGGGGACCGCCGAGGUCGCUGUGCUAGCGCCACCAACCAAUGAUUCCAAGAAAUCCAAGGGCAGUAGUGGUACUUCAGAAGAAGUGGUGUGUGACAACACGUCCGAUGCUCCGGUCCUGAAGCUGUUUGGAAAGACAGUUGUUGUGAAUGAAUCACAUCAGCUGCCAAACCCUGGCACUUGCAACCUGCAAACUGCCGCGGAUAUGGAACUGGAUACUUCGGCCGAGACACCCACCAGUGCACCAGAGGCGAACACAUGGAGCCCAUGGCUGGCAAACUCGCAGCAGUUCAUGUACUAUGUUCCUCAAGGGGCAGUUUUCUUCGGCUACAACAAUGGAAGUGUGCCGUACCCCGUGUCAUCAAGCCCCAAGGCAGAUCAACAGCACCAGCAACAUGCUUCCGAAGCCGCCGCCGAGCUUAGGCGGAGGGAAGCGUCGUCGAACACGGCCUCCAGCAGUGUGGCUGAAACAACAGCCCGGAAUUCUGCAGAGUCAUGCACGGGAGCGGUUGGCGGCGACGACGAAAUGGUGCAUGCUGCAGGUUUGAGAGAGCGUGUGAGCCCGGCCUUCGUCCAGCAGCGAGGUUUCAUGCCGUACAAGAGGUGCGCGGCCGAGAGCAAGGCGAUGCAGCCCCAGGCUCCCAGGGAGGAGGCGGAUAGAGAGAUGACGAGGCUCUGCUUGUAA